AGGCUGAUAUGAUGAGUUGAAUUGAGGGUGAUGACGAAGAGUUUCUGUCCAAGAGUUUUGUAGCCGUCAUUCGAGAGUUUUGCAGCCUGAGCUCCUUUUUCUUGCGGCUUAAAUAUGUGACAACUAAUCGUCGACGUCGCGAGUGGUGCAGGCUACGCGGAAUAUGGGCUUAAAAGCGGCUGUACAAGCUCUGAAGAAAGCUGAACCAUUGAAAGAUAAGGUUCAACGUUGCAAAGAUCUAUUGAACGACAAUGACGCAUGGAUGUGUCAGAGACAGCUGCAAAAGAUUUACCAGCAAGUUCUUAUACUUGACUUGGAGUAUGCUUUGGAUAGGAAGGUGGAACAAGAAUUGUGGAAUCUUGGCUUUAAGAAUUAUAUAGCCAUGCUGCAAUCCCAGGCAAAGGAUCGCAGAAAUCCCAAGCGCGGAGAGUCUCAGGCCAUGCUCAGUUGGUGCUUGGAGGCAGCCAGUGGCUUUUACUUGACCCUGCUUCAAGAGAUAUGCACUGCUUUUGAUUUAGAUUUGCCAUUUCGAAGAAAAAGUUACGUUUAUGGCUGCGUUUCACCAUGGAAGGCCGUGGAGAAGCUGUCGGCACCGCACAAGUCCUCGUGCUUCUACGCCUGUCAGUACUGUCUCGUCCAUUUAGGUGACAUCGCCCGCUAUCGCAAUCAAAACAAGCAGGCCGAACUCUUUUACCGCCACGCAGUCUCGCUGUCACCGUCCAGUGGACAGCCCUACAAUCAGUUGGCUUUGCUGGAAGCCUCGCGAGGAGAUAAACUGGGAACAGUCUUUCAUUACGUGCGUUCUGUGGCAGUCAAGCACCCGUUUCCCGUUGCCACGGCCAACUUAUCCAAAACGCUGACAUCGAGUCUCAACGAUAAUUCGUUCAACGUUGAGAGUAAGGCCAAGUUGACGUCGCAAGAGUAUAUUGCAGUGUUUUUAAAGCUACAUGGAGUUCUGUACAAUUUAGGAAAUCUUUGCGUUGCAACAACGUACGUCAAGUUAUUGAAUGAUACGCUAACAGCGCUCGUUGCUACCGAAAGUUUCACCUCUUGGAAACUGGUGCAAAUGUUGAUUAUCAAUCUGUAUGCCUUGCAACACACAGCAGGGAUAACGAAUGAAAAUCAAGAGUUAUUGAAAACUGAUCAACUAAGCGCAGACGAAAAACUAUCGAGAAACUGCAUUCUCGAUUUGAUUGCUGGAAGCUUGUCUGCCCUGCUGCUGCCUGUUUAUACGAUAAAACAUGAAAUAAUCAACUAUUUCGCUCUACCAACCAUUAAACUGUGCCUUGACUGGAUCCAGCUGAGACCAGAAAUUUUGGAGGAAGCAGCGUUUACUUCCAGACUUCAAAUAUGGCCAAGUCUAUGUGUUCUUUUGAACGGUUUACAAAACUGCGUUGCUGACUUUGAUUACAAUCAGUAUGCCAAAUUACCACUGCCAGAAGAUCGAGACCUUCAAGGUUUUCUACCCUUGGAAAAGUCUUUUGAGAUUCUUCGAUUUACGAGUACUGACUUAGAAGACGACGUUGCGAUGCUGAACAAACUCAGAGCGUGGCGUAUUAUUCAGCUAGGCCAUCAAAUUGCGCAGUACCAAGUAAACGGUGCGGCUCUCAUAUCUUUGGGUAUCGUGGACCAGAAUGAGGAGAAAAAAUUCGUGUCUGCGACGGAUGAUGUGGGAGUGAGCAACGAACUAAUAAAAGAAUUGGAAGAGCUCAGUUUGAGUAAAGAAAAACAGCCUUUUGUUGCGAACAGUCCUGUACCAUCUGAAUCGGCAAGCAGCAAAGGAUCUUUGGAGAUCGAUAGUUUAAUUGCUGAAAUUGGCUUGGAAAAACGAGGUGGCAUACUAAAACCUCAAGGUUCUUUGGAACGUAGUCGCGAUUCGUCAAGCGACCCAAGCUUGGAAAGUAAUUCCCUACCGCCUUCAGCUCGAAAGCCCCGACAAAACGUGGCGAUGCAAGCUAUUAUGCGACGCGCUGAGACUGAACAGAAACAAGUGACCUUUAAAAACGUCUCACCGGUCGUGAUUGAAGAGACUGAGAAAAAUAAGCCUGCGACCAUUACCCCCACGUCAGUUGCAACUUCUCCUGCAUCCCCUGCCAAGACCAACAAUGUUAAAAAUAUUAUAUCCGUAUCGACGACCGCCAGCACCACCAAUAACAUCCUCACCAGUGCACCUGUCCAGUCUCGCCCUCCUCUGAUGCCAAGUGCACCGAUGAAUAUUCACUCUAAACCAACUCCAGUGGUUCAACAGCAACAUCAACAAACACCACAGCUAAGCCAGCUUCAAAUGUUGCAGUUCCAACAAAAACUUGAACAACAGCUCAAGUUGGAUAAUCAUCUCAGCAACGUGCAACCACCCUCGUCGCAGCAGCAGCAGCAACAGCACAGAGAAAGCAUGGUGCUCUCGUCACCUCUUGUUGGACAAUUUCCGCAUUCGGAACGUCCGGCACCACUUCUACAGGGACCAGUACUACCUCCAAAUCACGGCCAGUAUCCUCAAAAGCAACAACCACAACAGACACAGGGGGUCCUUCCUCCAAACGCAGCUUGCUAUCCGAAUCCUACGUUCAAUGUUCAGACUCCUCAGUUCAACAAAAAUUUUAUCCCCAACAAUCCCUCAGCCUCGCUGCAACAGUACGCCAUGGCCACCAGCAUGCCUAGCCAAUUUGGCAACGGACAACCGUCGGUCGCUCAAAGCAUUACCUUUCCACCAAACGUCAAUGUCAAUCAGAACCAGCUGAUCCAGCAAACGCAGCAGCAACGAGGAAAUUUCUCUGCCCUACCACAGAGCAACAAUAUGCUAGCUCAAGGCUUAAAUCUGACUCCACCAGCUCAGCAGUCGAUGGCUAAUCAGAAUAUCGGGCUAACAAUGCAGCAGAAUUCAUUAGGCAUGCACCCACAGCAAAAUUUGUUGGCAAAUGCACACCGACCAGUUAACGGUUUAAAUUUGCAAAACCACAUGGCUAUGCCAUCUGGAGCCUAUCCAACCAGUAUGACGGAAACGACGAUUUCCAACGCAGCUCCAACAAACAUUCGCCAGCUGAACUUUACAGGGGCAAACUUUGGGCAGAAUAAUUUUGCCCAGCUACAGCAGCCGCAGAAGCAAAUCUCACCGACUGCUUACAGUGCCGGACAGCAAGCGCAGUUCAACUUUCCAGCUCAGACAAAUCUGAACCAGAAAAACCAACCACCACCACCGCAACAACAACAGCCAGCAGUAAACAAUUAUCCAAUGUUUCAUGGCUACGAAGCUAAGGAUUACAAUCCGUGGAAAGAAUCGCAACCACCCGUCAACUGGUGGGGGGCCAAUAAUCUCGUGGCAACUGGACAGUUAUUGCAGCAGCAGCUUGGCAAAGAUCAUCCAAUAGUUAAUAAUACAGACGCGUUUCAAAACUGGUCAAAUUCUACUGCUCAAGCUGGACAGCACAUGAACACUGUACCUCUGACUCCUGGAAAUAAUUACCAGAUGCAGGGACGCAUGUACAGCGGUAGAAACAAUUUUGACGACAUGAGACCAUUCGAUAUGGAUCAAAAGCAACAGCAGCAGCAGCAGCAAUCAGCAGCGACAGGCAACACUUACUCGCUCUUCAGUGGUAACAGCUGGGGAAUGAACGGACAGCUGUCUUCUGGUGCUGUAUCUUCUGCCAACCAGCAAGACCAAAUGAAGGCUCGGCUCAGCCAGCAGUCGUUGUGGUCCGGGCCUGGUCCGUCGCCCCUCGAGCGCCUCCUCGAGCAGCAAAAAUCCCUUCGCGAGGGCGGAACUUGAACGACAUCGCUGUAAGAAGGCGAUCGAGGAACGACACGACGCUAGAUGGGAACCCGCUGAUAAAAUGAAAUACAAAUGAAGAAAAAACAAACAAUUGACUAAACUAAUAAAGUAAACACAAAAAUAACGAGCGAAAUUCGCCUAGGACACAUGCAGCUGUCUACAAAAAAAAUACAAAAAAUACAAAAAAAAAGCUAAUACCGAUAUACACGGGUAAAAUAUGAACGGAUAAUCGCAGUAAUAAUACGCACGCCUAAGCGAGCCCAGAAAACUCCAUAUAACAAUAUCGUCGCUCAUACGGGAACUUUCAACAUCGGGAGGUACGUUAAAAAUUUAAUCGUGAAAUAACAGAAAUUAUAGAGAUGACUUAUGUAGAGUAAUCGCAAAAAAGUGAAUCGUGUGCAAACGGGGCUCCCGACAGGGACUCGGAUUGACACGCACCAAUCUAUUUCUUUUUAUUUAUGAUUACAUCCUGAAAGACGCAACGUCGAAGCUUCGUUAUAUUAUUAAAUGUGUCGCGACGAGGCACUUAUGUAUUUAAGAAGCAUCUAUUUUUUUCUCUAACUGGGGGAAAGAAAAACGAUAUCGGAUUAUCAUUGAAAAUUAGACAAUGUUUUAUAGAUAAGUAAAUAAUUGUUCUUUUCAAUUCAUGUGAGACAUGAUGAAAGAGACAUUGAUUUUCUUUUCGUAUAUUAAUAAAUGUUUCUUUGAAUCUUUCAUCAAACGUGCACGGUAUACGUUAUUCCAGAUGUAUGAAAAUAAAUACUUGACCCUUAUAAAAAUUUUAUUACACGAUUUGUAGAUAAUAGAAUGGAAAUGAAAGAGAAAAAAAGGAAAAGAAGGAAGAGAAACGGAGAUCAAAAUAAAAGGCAUCAGAAAAGUUUUUAGUAUCUUAAAAUUGGUAACGAUAUUCCAUUGAUGAGAUAUUUUUUUAAAUCAUUGAAGCAGUUUAAUCUGUGUUUUUCGUUUGUUUAAUCAUCGACCUUUCAGUCUUUGUUUUUAAUCUAUCAUUUACAUUUAAAAAAAUCAGUAUAUAGUAUGUAAAUGUUGAUUGCAGAUAAAAAAAAAAAAAAAAAAAA